GGUUGAUUAUAGUGGGCAAAAGUUUUAAUGCUGGACUUUGACAGUUCCACACCAGAGUGGUACCAAGAUACAAAAACCCUCCAUUCUCCUACGUACCCCACUACUAACAAAGUCACCAACGUAGCGCCAUAUUCUGGUAUCUUUUCGCCUCUUAUGUGUUUGUAUUUAUAGCCCCUCAUCACUCUCACUUUCCCUCACCACUAAGGUGUGUUUGGUUUAUAACGUAACCAAAACAACGUUUUUUUUUCUCUAAAAUGGCUUUCCCUCCCCACGUAGUAGAGGACUGCAUGGGCCUCCUCAAACUCCUGAGUGACGGCACCGUUUUGCGCUCCAAUAUCAACUUCCAAGAACAACCUCAACCUACCCAACACGACAACCUCGUACAAUUCAAAGACUUUGUCUUCCUCAAAAAAUUCAACCUCCACCUCCGUUUCUACAAACCCAAAUUUGAGGACAAUGAUGAUGACGACAACGAAAACAACAACAAGAAGUUGUUGCCCGUGGUGAUGUUUCUCCACGGCGGCGGCUUCUGCUUUGGCUCGCGCGCGUGGCCACACAUGCAUUCGUGCUGUGUGCGUCUUGCCACGAGCCUCCGUGCCGCCGUGGUGGCCCCGGACUACCGUCUCGCCCCAGAACACCGCCUUCCUGCCGCGGUGGACGACGGGGUGGAGGCCGUGCGGUGGCUCCAGCGGCAGAAGGGUCACCACGGCGGGGACGAGUGGGUGACCCGGGGUGUUGACUUUGACCGUGUUUUCAUCCUUGGUGACUCCUCUGGCGGGAACAUUGCUCACCACUUGGCGGUUCAGCUCGGACCCGGUUCGAGGGAGAUGGACCCGGUUCGCGUACGAGGUUACGUUCUGCUGGGCCCCUUUUUCGGUGGGGUGGUUCGGACUAGGUCGGAGGUGGGUCCACCGGAACAAAUGCUGACCCUUGAGUUGCUCGACAGAUUUUGGAGGCUGUCAAUACCUAUUGGAGAGACAAGAGAUCACCCAUUGGCGAACCCUUUUGGACCUAACAGUCCAAACCUUGGACAUGUGAAGCUUGACCCUAUCUUAGUAAUAGUUGGUGGCAAUGAAUUGCUGAAGGACAGAGCAGCGGACUAUGCAACAAGGUUAAGAGAACAAGGGAAGAACAUUGAAUACGUUGAGUUUGAGGGGAAGGAACAUGGCUUUCUCACUCAUGAUUCGCACUCAGAGGCUGCAGAAGAGCUCGUGCAAAUCAUUAAACGAUUCAUGCUUGAAAAUUCUAAUUAGAAUAUAUAUGUGAAAAAAAAAAAUAUCAUCAAAGGGUGUUAGACUUUUCAUAUGUAGUGAUCUAGAGUUAAUCCAUGUUUUCUAGUUUGGUAAAAAGGGUAAUAAGUGUACGUUGGUUGCAGAUGGAGAAUGUAGUCAAUUGUUAAUUUUAUAUAUGUUAUUUUUAACUAGAAAAUGCUGCAUUGCAAAGUUGUAAUUGCUAUCUUUUUUUUUUUU